AUGCUAUCCACAUGUAUGCAUACGAGGGUGGGACAUAGACUACUGUUGUCCUGUAGACAAAGAAUAAUACGGUUGGCAUCUACGGAGGCCUUAGCGGAUGAAUAUAUUCCACCAAGGGAAUUGAGUGAAGUGGCGACCAAAUGGACUACGUGGAAACGAAGAGCAUUAAAGGAGGAGAUAAUAGAGUACCUGGAUUGGAAAAUGGAAGAUGAUUGGAAGUUGAUGUCAUUGGAAGAGAAGCGUGCAUGCUAUUUUAUCGGGUAUGGUAACUGGGGGCCUCGAGCAGCUAAGAUAGGAACCAAGCCAGAAACCGCACCUGUAUCUGUCUCCUAUUUACUAAUGAGAAGUGUGUUUAAUCUCCUACUGUUUGGUGCUGUCGGGGUUUCUAUUCUGAACCUACAAAAGGACAAGAAGAUGGAGCAGGUGGCAUCCGAGACAGUGCCAGUAAGUGAGUAA